AUGACGAAAAUGGUGAUGGUGACGGUGAUAGUAACCAUGGCUGUAAUAGUAACAGUGACGGUGACGGUGAUGAUAACACAGACGGUAACGAUGAUGGUUACAGUCAAGAUGAUGGUAACGGUGACGGUAAUGAUAACUGUGACAGGUGAUAGUUACAGUAAUGAUAACGGUAACGCUGAUAGUAAUGGUAAAGUGAUUGUAACGGUGACGUUGACGGUAAUAGUGAUGGUUACGGUGACAGUAGCGGGUAACAGUAACGGUAUUGGUGACAAUAAUGGUCAUGAUGACGGUAACGGUGACGGUGAUGGUAACGGUAUUAGUAACGGUAACAAUAACGAUAAUGGUGACGAUAACGAUCACAACAAUGGUGAUGGUAACGGUAAUGGUGUGAUAAUGGUAACAGUUAAAUAUGACUGUAAAGAUGACGUUAACAGUAACAGUGAUGGUAACGGUGAUAGUUGCGGUAAUAGUGACAGUAACAGUAACGGUGAUGGUAUCGGUGAUGGUAAUAGUGACGAUAAUGGUUAUGGUGAUGGUAACGAUAACGAUAACGGUGAUGGUAAUAGUAACAGUAACAGUAACAUUAACGGUGACAAUAACAGUAACGUUAACGAUAAGGGUCAUGGUAACGGUAAUAGUGACGGUGAUAGUGAUUGUAACGGUGACGGUGACGGUGACGGUGAUUGUAAUGGUAACAGUGAUAGUAAUGGUGACAGUGACAGUAACGUUGACGGUGAUGGUUACAGUGACGAUAAUGAUACUGGUGACGGUAACGGUCGUGGUAUCGAUAACAGUCAUAGUAAUGGUAGCGGUAACGUUGACAGUAAUGGUUAUAGUGACAGUAAAGUAACAGUAAUAGUGAUAAUAAUGGUGACAGUGGCGGUAACUGUUACGAAAACGGUGACGGUAACGGUUACGGUGAUGGUGAUGGUAUCAAUGACAGUAACGGUUACAGUAAUAGUGACGGUAAUGGUGAUGACGGUAACGAUGACGAUUAUGGUCACGAUGACGGUAACGGUGACGAUAAUGAUAACGGUGCCAGUAAGAAUAACGAUAACAAUAACGGUAACAGUGACGGUGAUGGUAACAGAAACGAUAACGGGUGACAAUUACGGUGAUGGUAACGGUAACGUUGACAGUAAUGGUAAAGGUAACAGUAAUGAUGACGAUAACCAUAACGAUAACAGUGACAAUAACGGUGAUUGUAAUAGUGACGGUAACAGUGAUGUUGAUGGUAAUAGUGACGGUUACAAUGACAGUACUGGUAAAAUUGUCGCUAACGGUAAUAGUGACUGUAACUAUGACGGUAACGGUAGCUGUAACGAUGAGGGUAACAGUAAUGGUAAUGGUGACAAUAACGGUCAUGAUGACGGUGAUUGUAACGUUAAUAGUGAUAGUAAUGGUGACGGUAACGGUAACAGCAACGACAACAUUGACAGUGAUGGUUAUAGUGACGGUAAUGAUAAUAGUGACGAUAACGGUCACGGUAUCGAUAACAGUUAUAGUAAUGGUGGCUGUAAUGUUGACAGUAAUGGUAAUGGUAACCAUAACAUUAACGGUAACGGUAACGGUAACGAAAACGGUGACGAUAAUGAAAACGGUGAUGGUAAUAGUAACGGUCACGGUAACAAUGAUGGUAAUAGUAACGGUAACGGUAACGGUGACGGUAACAAUAACGGUCACGAUGAAAGUGAUUGUAACGUUAAUAGUGAUAGUAAUGGUGACGGUAACGAUGAAGGUGAUUGUAACGUUAAUAGUGAUAGUAAUGGUGACGGUAACGGUAACAGCAACGACAACAUUGACAGUGAUGGUUAUAGUGACGGUAAUGAUAAUAGUGACGAUAACGGUCACGGUAUCGAUAACAGUUAUAGUAAUGGUGGCGGUAAUGUUGACAGUAAUGGUAAUUGUAACCAUAACAUUAACGGUAACGGUAACGGUAACGAAAACGGUGACGAUAAUGAAAACGGUGAUGGUAAUAGUAACGGUCACGGUAACAAUGAUGGGGACGGAAAUGGUGACGGUGAUAGUAACAAUAACGAUAACGGUGAUGAUGAUGGUAACUAUAAUGGUAACAGUGACGGUUACGAUAAUCGAGUCGAUAAAGGUCACGGUCACGCUAAUGAUCACAGUAUCGGUGAUGAUAACAGUGAUGGUAACGGUGACGAUAAUGGUUAUGGUGAUGAUAACGGUAACAGUAACGGUAAUGGUGACUGUGACAGUAAGAAUAUCGGUAAAGGUGAUGGUAACGAUAACGGUGACGGUGACGAUAACGAUGAUGGUUAUGGUAAUGGUUUGAAAAUGUUGUAG